ACACAAUCUUCAAUUUCAAACAGCGGCAAUCAUGUCAGGAAGAGGGAAAGGAGGAAAGGGACUGGGAAAGGGAGGAGCAAAACGACACCGUAAAGUUCUCCGGGACAACAUUCAGGGCAUCACCAAACCGGCGAUCCGACGGUUGGCGAGACGUGGGGGAGUGAAGCGUAUAAGCGGACUGAUAUAUGAGGAGACGCGUGGUGUUCUCAAGAUCUUUCUAGAAAAUGUAAUUCGUGACGCCGUUACCUACACCGAGCAUGCUCGCCGGAAAACUGUUACUGCUAUGGAUGUGGUUUAUGCGUUGAAGCGUCAGGGACGCACUCUGUACGGUUUCGGUGGUUAG